GAGACGGCCGAGGACAGGGAGAUCCGCGAGGAGCUGGAGAAGAAGAGGGAGGUCGAUGUGCUGUGGACCUGGAAGUCAGGAGGCUGUGCCGAGGAGACCUUCCUGUGCUCCAGGUUCCUAGUGGGCAUAGGACAGAAUGCUGCAGCUUUCCUGUCGUCUUUUGUUCUGGAUUCUGCCUCCUGGGAAGUGGUUGGAGUUGUGAAGCUGUGGAAUGAGUGGUGUCGAACCUCCAGCACCACAAACGUCCUCCCUACAGACUCUUUCUGUCUGUUCUACAGAUUGAUAGCAGAUCCCACAGUUUUACUGUGCCAGUGUAGUUGCUAUGUGGCUGAAGAUCAACAGUUCCAGUGGCUUGAGAAGGUUUUUGGCUGUAUGCAGAAGGAAGGCUUGCAAGUAACCAUUCUUGCAACGUGCCCUGUGGCUGAAUAUAAAACUCAGGAAUCCACUUUCACACUUGCAUCUCCGUUUCUGAAAGCCUUGAAGACCAACGAAUUCCAAGAGCAGGUCUGCUGCCCACUGCUGGAACAGCCCAACUUUGUCCGGGAUCUUCCUGCUGCUGUGCUGAGUUACUGUCAAGUCUGGCAGAUCCCUGCAGUUCUCUACCAAUGUUACACUGAUGCCAUCAAGGUGGACACAGUUACAAUUGAAGCCUUCAAGCCUUUGCUGUCUUCUACAGUCCUGAAGAGUUUAGUCAAGGAUGCUUCUGAAAGCACAAGGAUUUUGAAGAAGCUCCUGACAACCAGUGAAACUCACAGUAAUAUCUACAUCUAA